AUGGAGCACUCCUAUAGCAGCAACAGCGGCAUCAGCAACUACGGCAGCGCAAAAGAGAGGAGGCCUCCGCUGAAGAGGGGGCAGCUGAAGCGGCAGAUCAUGCGGACCAUCAGCAACCUCAUGGCGCCCAGGAACGCCGGCGCCGGCGCGGACAAGAGAGCGUCAGGCCGCACCAGCUUCGGCGCCUACAACUGA